GAUUGCAGCUCCAGCCGUCGUCCGCGCCUCUCCGGCCUCCGCAGCCCCGGCCACCGCCAGCACCAUGGCCAGCACCGUGUCGGCCUACAAGGAGAAGAUGAAGGAGCUGUCCGUGCUGUCACUCAUCUGCUCCUGCUUCUACUCACAGCCGCACCCCAACACCAUCUACCAGUACGGGGACAUGGAGGUGAAGCAGUUGGACAAGAGGGCCUCUGGCCAGAGCUUUGAGGUGAUCCUGAAGUCCCCUUCCGACCUGUCGCCGGAGAGCCCCGUGCUCUCGUCCCCCCCUAAAAGGAAGGACGCCUCCCUGGAGGAGCUGCAGAAGCGGCUGGAGGCAGCUGAAGAGCGGAGGAAGGAGCUGCACGCGGCCGAAGUGCGCAGGAACAAGGAGCAGCGAGAGGAGAUGUCCGGCUAAGGGGCUUCGGUCGGACGCAGCGGCGCCCAGAUCUUGAGCCGAGACAAGAACACAUUCGGGUUUUGUUUUUGUUUUGUUCAGCUGUUUAGAUGCGACUUCUGUUCCCGUUCGUCCCUCUCCUCCCGCAGUCCCAGCUUCAUGCUUCCUUCCGCACUCUGAGCUGUCCAGUCCUCGUGGCAGUCGCUGACCACAGGCUCUCCCUGUAGGAGCCACCAGGGCGUGGCACACGGUCCCUCAGUUCAGGCACCAGGCCGGUGGUAUCUGGGUUCCCCUCUUGGCGGCCCUCUUAGUGGAUGUGAUGGUGACCUCACUAAAUCCAGUGGUGGUGGCAGACACACGCAGGUCCCUAUGCUGUGUUGUCCUGUGAACACCUUAUCGCGUAGGGCUCAUCCUCCGAAUCAGUUUCCGCCAACAAGCAAAGGCAGCACCACCUGCAUGUCCUCCUGUGGGGGCGGGGCAUUCGGCACACAGAAGCGGGCAGAGGAAGAAAGUUGGAUAGAGAGGGACCUCUGGGCAGUGUGGGGCCGGGUCACCCUGUCCGGUGUGCAGUGGCACUUUGUGGAACAGGCGGGUGGAGGCUGCAGUACCCUUUGGUGUGGUCUGAGACCACCUGACUGCAGCGGGCCCCCUGGGCUGGCCUAGGAACCUGCAGCCAUUGCCUGUGGCCAGUGUGGGAUGUGCUUGGCCCGAGUCUUCAGGGGAGUGAGCAUUCUCCUCCCGGGACCCAAGAACUGACUGCCGAGCUUCGAGGGCUGUGGGUAGCGUGACACCCCCUGCUGGCCCUUCCUUCCUGGAGCCUCCGGCUGAGCACCUGUGUGGAGAAAGCCCAGCUCCUGCCAUCCUUCCUCUCCUCCCCUGAGCUUUGCAGACCUGUCCUUAGAGUUCUUCGGAGUCUUGGCCCCUUCCAGUGUUCUCUCACGAUGUUCCUGGCCACUGGGUUUUGAGGCUCACCUCUGGCCCAAUGUGGCCAGGUCUGAGUGAGUGGCAGGUUCCCCUCAGGGAGCCCCUAACAGACAGCAGGGGACAGAGUUCCCAAGCCACCUCCCCACCUGGUCUAUCCUUGGCAUUUUUUGCCCGUGGCCCCCUCUGGCCAGCCUGCAGAUUGGAGGCCUGGCUCCAGGCCUCUCCCGCCAAGCCCCUGCUGGACUGGGCUCCCUCCCUUCCCUCAGCCCGGGGGUCUCCAGAUCCCUCACUGCGGCCUUUGAGGACUGCCACCUGCCUGGACGUGGGGGUUGUCUGUUUUUUGUGCCACUGCUGUAUCCUCCCUUUCUCCAUGGCAGUCCUAACCCACGACUGGGUACUGGGGGGAGGGGCUCUGCUGCCCAUCCUCUUGGUGGGAAGCAGGCAGGGACAAACCACGAGUUUCUGCAGGACCCAGAGCCAGCACCUCAGAAACCAGGUGGCUGCAGCCCUCACAGCCCCGGCAUGCAUUCUGCAGAAACCUGUGGGGGACAAGCCAGGGGGCACGGUGGACACUGAUUUGCCUGCAGUGGGCUUAGGGGGACGUAGGGCCCCAUGCCCCCGCUCCCUGUCCCCACGGAGACAGCCUCCGGAGGGGGUGACAAGUCGGGAGUGGAACCCACAAGGAGCUUCCGUAGGACUCAGCAAGGGCCACGGAAAGCGCCUGAGGGCUGGAUUUCUCUUAGCUGCGGCAGCUCUCAUAGCGAAAGCCUAUGUAAUAUGCACCCAUCUCAUCACGUAGUGAA